AUGUGGGACAAUAUAACUUCAUAUAAACAGAAUCAAAGAGAUAUAAACAUUCUCACCAUCACUUUUGAACACCAGUGUUAUCAGCUAGCAGAGGAUUUGAGCAAAGCUCUCUCGGAUCGAGCAAUGUUUCAAACGUUUGUCGAGGCAGAAGCAACUCUACCUUCUGGUUCAUUGAAGGAUGUCCUAGGUACACCGAGAUCAUUAUAUGCCUUAAUUUGUCUCGAAGAUGUUUCGCAUGUUCGAUACGGGUACCUAUCAGUCGAAAAUGGUGCCGGUGUAAGAAGAGAAAUAACCAAAAUCUGCAGCGAACUUCGACCGCUUGCGCUUGCUUUGAUCACUUCAUUCGGAAUCCCCGACGCUUUUCUAAGCCCUAUAGCUUUUAACUGGAUCGAAGCAAACUCCUGGUCUUCGGUUUAAGCUCCGAUAAACGUAUGCAUUUCAUCA